UGAACCCAUGUCUCGCGCAUGCGUGCGCCUUGCAAAAGCAUUUGGCGGGUUUUUCCUGCCUUCGUUCUGCUCCCGUCUUUGAGAUCCUCUGCGGUGGCUUUUGGGAAGCAGGACGUUCUCUUCAGGAGAACGACUUCUCAAGAUUUCUGUUCUCUUCCUCCAGACGUUUGGGGGCUUCAAACAAAAAAAAAGAAAGAAAAGGAAGGAAAAAAAGUGUCUCUCCGUGACUGACGGCUGGGGACUUCUGAUGGCCUGAGGUCUUGGGCCAUUUGGUCAGUCUCCGUUUCGGUCCCUCGAACGGUGAAAGGAUCAAAGGGGCCUCGUCCUACUCAUCGGUGUCCACGUCUGUGGGUUUCUUGGCGUCAGGUCGGAGCUGGGUGGGCCCGGUCCCGGCCCCGGCCCCGGCCCCCAUCCUGGGUCAUCAUGGCCGUGUCCGCCCAGCUCUUGGUGGAGGAGUUGGAGAUCUUCGGCCUAGAAUGCGAGGAGGCUCUGAUUGAGAAAUCUACACCUAGACUUCUGCUGACCCAACACUUCUCAUCAGAACUGUUGGUGGUCUGUGCAAAUUGGUAGAGCUGUGCAUUCUGUAUGGACAGAAUGAGGAGGGAAUGGCCGGCGAGCUUAUCGCCUUCUGCACCAGCACACAUAAGGACUGCCUCACCUCAGAGACUCUCAACUCUUUCGAGCACGAGUUUCUGAGCAAAAGAUUGUCCAAAGCCAGGCACAGUGCCUCCACGGACACUGGGCACGCGGGAGCCAGAGACAUUGUUUCCAUACAAGAGCUAAUUGAAGUGGAGGAGGAAGAGGAGACCCUCUUGAACUCGUACACCACACCCUCUAAGGGUUCUCAGAAGCGAGCUAUCACCACCCCAGAAACCCCCCUCACAAAAAGGAGUGUGUCCUCUCGAAGCCCCCAUCAGCUCCUCUCACCGUCGAGUUUCUCUCCAAGUGCUACCCCCUCUCAGAAAUACAACUCGAGAAGUAACCGAGGAGAAGUGGUCACCUCCUUUGGCUCAGCACAGGGGUUGUCUUGGUCCGGGAGAGGAGGAGCCAGUAACAUCAGCGUGAAGGUCUUGGGGUAUCCAGAGCCGCUAACCGGGAGCUACAAAUCCAUGUUUCAGAAGCUCCCAGACAUCCGAGAAGUUCUGACCUGUAAGAUAGAAGAACUUGGCAGUGAACUCAAGGAACAUUACAAGAUUGAGGCUUUUACUCCUGUUCUAGUCCCAGCACAAGAGCCCGUCACUCUGCUGGGCCAGAUCGGCUGUGACAGCAACGGGAAGCUGAACCACAAGUCAGUGAUUCUGGAGGGAGAUCGGGAACAUUCCUCAGGCGCUCAGAUUCCAGUGGAUCUAUCUGAACUCCAAGAAUAUUCUCUGUUUCCUGGACAGGUUGUGGUUAUGGAAGGCAUCAACACCACUGGUAGAAAACUUGUUGCCACCAGACUCUACGAGGGUGUGCCACUGCCGUUCCAUCAGCCCACGGAAGAGGAUGGAGAUUCUGAGCAAAUCAUGGUCCUGGUGGCCUGUGGGCCGUACACCACAUCUGACAGCAUCGCGUUUGAGCCCCUGCUUGAUCUGAUCACCAUCAUCAACCACGACCGGCCCGACGUCUGCAUGCUGUUUGGACCUUUCCUGGAUGCUAAGCACAAACAGGUAGAGACCUGUCUACUGACAAGCCCAUUUGAAGAUGUUUUCAAGCAAUGUCUACGAACAAUUAUUGAAGGGACACGAAGCUCCGGCUCCCACCUUGUCUUCGUCCCAUCGCUGAGAGACGUGCACCAUGAGCCCGUGUACCCACAGCCACCUUUCACCUGCUCCGACCUGCCUCGAGAGGACAAAAAGCGAGUGCAGUUCGUGUCUGAGCCCUGCACCCUCUCCAUAAAUGGAAUGAUCUUUGGUUUGACGUCCACCGACCUGCUGUUCCACAUGGGGGCUGAGGAGAUCAGUAGUUCUUCCGGAACUUCAGACAGGUUCAGCCGAAUACUCAAGCACAUCCUGACCCAGCGGAGCUACUACCCGCUCUACCCUCCCCAGGAGGAUGUGGCCAUUGACUAUGAGAAUUUCUAUGCCUACGCGCAGCUGCCCGUCACCCCCGAUGUCUUCAUAGCCCCUUCAGAGCUGAAAUACUUUGUGAAGGACAUCCUUGGCUGCAUCUGUGUGAAUCCCGGGCGCCUCACCAAAGGGCAGGUGGGGGGCACCUUCGGCCGACUCUACCUCAGGAGGCAGACCGCGGGCGCCGAGGGGAGGCAGAGUCCGUGUACUGCCGCCCAGGUGGUCCGGAUCUGAGGUUCGGUCCUUUGUCACCCGCCUCGUGUGGGCCUCCCAGACAUUGAGAGCCUAAGAGUAGCCCUCUGACAAGAUCCCACCCGUGGAAGGAGAGGAGGCAGCCGGUGGGGAGGAGAGGGCUGUGGGCAGGGGGCCCGGCGGGAAGGCCUCAGGCAGCUGGACCCCGACUCUGAAUGGAGCUUCUCCGGAAGAAAGCUGUUGUUUCUUCACGGGCACUUGGAGUCCAGCGUGAACUGGCCAGAGAAGCAGUAUACUCAGGAAGGUCAAGGCUUCACGAUUUCCUACAUGAAUCAGACACAGAAACAACUUUUGGAGAAAUGAAAAUAAAUUCUGUAACUUCUGAGUUUAA